UAUGUUAGGGGCGUUAGGGGGAGCCGAAUUCCCGGCUUGAACCAAGUCGUUAGCGUUCUUUACCUCUUGAAAAGAAAUCUACUUGGGAACUGAAUUUUAGUAGAACAUAGCAGUUUGAUCCGUAUAUAACAAUUUUUUUGUCCAUUUACAUUCAAAUUGGUCUUCUCGUGCCUUUGCUAGAAGUUUGCUCUCUGGUUACUAGUCUCUAAAUUUUGUGUUUUGACUUUUGAGCUCAGGGAAGAAAUGGUCGGGCAUUCCUUUUCUCCCAUGCAAUGAAUAUCGCUGUAGGGCCCAAAGAGGACAGGCAGCUCAUGACUGGUCUGCACACGGUUGCUGAUGUCCAUUGUGGGGACUGCCGUGAGGUGCUGGGUUGGAAGUACGAACGAGCUUACGAGGAGACACAGAAGUACAAGGAAGAGAAGUUUAUACUUGAGAAAUCGAAAAUUGCCAAGGAAAACUGGCAGUCCACCAUAGAGUCCCCCUUAAUCCGUCCCGUCGUUGGUAUCAAAGUCUAUCAGUGUCCCUCAAGCGUACUUGGUAUCAAAGUCUAUCAGUGUCCCUCAAGUGUAUGUUGUUCAGAAAGCACCUCAUCCAUUCAGAAUUGUUUAGUCAUCGUUCCUUGUUGUUCAUUCCCUUACCGCUAUGUUCCUGUGUGGAUAAUUGGAGAUUGUUGACAUUGUGAAUAAACUUGUGCAUAUGUUUCUAAUUUAUG